UACGAUCUAUAGAUCUAUUUCGAGCGGAAAAGCCGGCAGAAGCUAUUUCCGUCACUGCGCAACAAGACACGUGCGGUGGUGUUUCUACCGGCGAAUCGAUUUUAGUGAUAGAGAUAUUUGUUAAAACCCGUAUAGACGAAGAUUGGUUUUGAAGCCAUGCCAGAAGCGGGCACGUGCGUGGUAUGCUCAACUCUGACGGAGCACAAGUGCUCCGGGUGCCAGGGUGUCCACUACUGCUCGAGGGAACACCAGAAGCAAGACUGGAAGCAGCACAAAGCGAUCUGCAGCCCCGCCAGGGUCAAGGAAGACCCCAAACUGGGGAGAUACCUGGAGGCCACGAGGAAUAUAAAACCUGGAGAUAUUGUGAUGAAGGAGGAACCACUGAUCACUGGUCCAUCACAAAUAACCCCACCUGUAUGCCUCGGCUGCUAUAGACUCUUGGAAGAGGAUAACAUCGUCAGCUGCGAGAAAUGCGGCUGGCCGUUCUGUUCAGAAGCCUGCACUCAGAAUGCGGUGCACCAACCAGAGUGCUUCUACACUCAGUCGAAAGAUGAAAAGGUAUCGAUUUCUUCCUAUGGAAUGCCUCACCCAAACUACCAAUGCAUCACAGUGCUACGAUGCUUGUACCAACGGGAUCACAAUCAGAAGCUCUGGAGAAAACUACAAACUCUAGAAUCACAUGAUGAAGAAAGAAAAAAUACUGAGAAAUGGAACAACGACAAGAAGAUGAUUUGUCAGUUCAUAUGGGAGUUCUUCAAACUGAAAGACACGUUCAGCGAGGAAGAGAUCAUGAGGUGCUGUGGUAUUGUGCAGAUAAACGGUCACGAGGUACCGCUGUUGGAGCCGGAGUACAUUGCGGUGUUCGACAGAGUCUCCAUGGUGGAGCACUGCUGCAGAGCCAACUGUAACAAAAGUUUCACCUCUGAUGGGAAGAUUAUUCUAUACGCAGGUGUGAACAUCCCCACCGGUUCCCACAUAUCGGUGUGCUACACAGACCCGCUGUGGGGUACCGAAGCCCGGAGACACCACCUCUGCGACUGGUUCUUCGAGUGCGCCUGCCAGAGGUGCUCCGACGUCACGGAGCUUGGCACCAUGUUUAGUGGCAUCAAGUGUAAGAAAAAGGACUGCAAAGGCUAUCUCCUACCGGACACCUUCAUCAUCCCGAUACUCCACAAGAUCAGGUCCCCGGACCCGAAAACUCGAGGGUUGGACAACAAGACGUGGAAAUGCAGCGAGUGUAAGGACGAGGUCUCCGACGGCAUCAUCCAACAGCUGCUCCAGGAUAUCGGGAAAGAGAUCAGCGUUAUGCCAAAAAAUGAUCCUGAUGCUUGCGAGAGGUUCAUAAGCCACUGCAGCUCCUACCUCCACCCCAACCACUAUUACAUGACGGACGUGAGCGUGGCGCUGGCGCAGAUGGUGGGGCAGCAGGACGCGCGGGGGCUGGCCGGCGUCACCGAGGACAGGCUGCUGGUGAAGGCCCAGCUCUGCAAGCACAUCGCUGACCUGCUGGAUACACUCGCACCAGCGGAGACUCGUCUUCGAGGCUCCCUGCUGUUUGAGCUGCAUGCUGCGGUGGCUGAGACUGGUCGAAGGAAGUCACUGACAGAAGGACCGUACGUCAUGCUGGGAUAUGUUACUGAGGCUCGCAAGAUCCUGCUGGAGUCAGCCCGUCUGCUGGCCAACGAGCCGCCCGAGCUGCCGGAAGGUCGCCUGGCUCACCAAGCCAAGGUCAACCUCGUCCAGAUGGAUGAACUCAUCAAGACCCUGUCUGCUUCGCUACCUUCCCCCUUGUGAUCGUGUUUAUGGAUAGACUAGAUGUUCGCAACAAAGUUGCGCCGAAAUCCCCAUUGGCAAUAACUAAUAAGUAACAAGUAUCUUAUGAUGUCCUUUCCAGGACUCAUUUCCACAGCCGUUCAACGGUUUAAGCGUGAAGAAGGGCAACCUACAGACAGGUCACAGGGCACUCUCAUAUUUGUAAUAUUAGUACG